AGUUACUUGAGAGCCCAAGAUGAGCGUAGCAGGGGUGCCUGUCAUCCUAUUCCUGGAAAUCUCUUUGUGGAACACAGUACACAACUCACAGCAUCUUCUACUUGUGGACUAAAUGGAGCUCAGCUACCUGGAGCCUUGUGUGACAGCCACACCACUGAGAAUAGAAUUAAAAAUUACAAACCAGAAAAAGAAAAGAAAUGGUGGCAAUCUGAAAACAGUAUUGAUCAUGUCAGCAUCAAACUGGACCUGGAGGCCCUGUUCCACUUCAGCUACCUCAUUCUGACCUUUAAGACUUUUCAACCUGCUGCAAUGUUAGCAGAAUGUUCCACAGACUUUGGAUGCACCUGGAACGCACUCAAGCAUUCUUCAGAAGACUGUAGUUUCUUCCCUGACAUCAGUGUGGGCCAAGCCCCAGAAGUGAGAGAACUGGUUCGUGAAUCCAGAUACUUGGUUAUUGAACCCUCAACUGGUGUUGGGAUUGUUUUAAAAGUUUUGGAUCCCAGUUUGGAAAUAGAAAACCUGUACAGCCCUAUAUGGAUUAUACCUGUGACAUUAAUAAACUUGAGGAAAAACUUUGCCAAGCUCAACACGCUUAGGGAUACUUCACUUGGAAGGAAGCAAAAUGGUUCCCUUGAUAAAUACUGUUCUGCUGUGGGAUGGUCUCAACACUGUUCUGCUCUUUACAAGAUGGUUGUUCUGGGAAGCUGCUUUGGCAGUGGCCAUGGUAGUGAAGGUAACCCUCUGCAGAAGGUAUAUGGGGAUUUUUUCAGCCCUCCAGGAAUGCGUGACAUGGCUGUGUAUGAGGCAAACAGAGGCCUCAGCCAGGGCAUACCUGAGCACUGCCAGCUCUCUGUGACCAAUGCACACUACCCCCUUUUCUACAAGGACCUGCUCAAGAGCAUCUUGGAUCCUUAGGUGUGUCUUUCUUGUGAAUGUGACCCUAAUGGGACCUUAUGUGGUGGCCUUUGUGUGAGCUACUCUGAUCCUGCCACAAGGUUUGUGGCCAUCCAGUGCCUGUGCAAAGAGAAUGUACAAGGAGCCAACUGUGACCAGUGCCAGCACAAUCACUUCAGAUUGAGUAGCUCUGGCCUCCUAGGUUACCAGGUUUACAACCAUCACCCCCUUGGGAGGCUGACACUACUACCCACUUGUGACAUGAAAACAGGCCAAUGUUCUUGCCACACCCAUGCCACCAGACCACGCUUUGAAGAGUGUAUUGUGCUUAUUUUCCAGUGCUUGCCUAAGGACGGGUAGUGUGAAUGCAACCCACAGAUCAAAGGUCAUACCUGCAUAGAACCAGCCCCCAGCUUCUUCUUUGUCCUUUUGAAUUUCUAUCUCUAUGAAGCAGAGGAAGCUAUGCCCAUCUAAGGACUCGCACCUUUGGUUUAUAUUUCCUUUCCUGGGAACCCUGUUACAUGAACUGGACAUGGAUUUGCCAGGGUUCUCCCUGGAGGUGGCCUGAGAUUUCUUGUCAACAACUUUCCUUUUCCCAUGGAUUUCACCAUAGCUGUUCACUAUGAAGCCCAGGAAGCUGACUGGGCUAUUCAGGUCAUAGUCAACACCCCUAGAGGAAACAAGCACUGUACACAUAAGAAGCUACAAGGAUCAGCUCCAGCUUUUGCUUUACCAGCUACUGCCAGAAUCAUGUUGCCUCUCACACCAGUCUAUUUAGAAGCAGAUGUGCCAUAUUCUAGACCUCUAUUUUCUCAGCCUUUGGAAGGAGAGUCCCUCGCUCAUUCUCAAAUCUUGGUUGUUCUUGAGCAGGAUGUAGCUGAAUAUGAGCUGCAAAACUAUGUUGAAAUGGCCUGGGUGGGACCUUAAGUGCUCCCAGCAGUGUGUGAAAGGCCCUUGGUCAGCAUGUCUGCACAGCUGCACAAUGGGGCCAUGGCCUGCCAGUGUCACUCACUCUCAUGGUUAACUGGGUCCAGUUGCAGCCCAUUUGGAGGCCAGUGUCAGUAUAAACUCAUGUCGUGGAGCACUGCUACGACAGGUGCUCAGCUGGAAGCAUACCAUCCCCAAGGCUCUAAGAACACUAUACGUGACCAAAUAACUGGCCUGUGCCCUGUCGGAGAGUUGACUGGCCACCAUUGUGACCAGUACCUGGUGGGCUACUUCUGGUUCCCCAGCUGCUUCCCUUGCCCUUGUAAUGAGUUUACUGAACUUUAUGAUCCAGACACAGAGUCAUGUGUUAAUUUUGGAGGCUUUACAACUUGUAUAAACUGUGAAAGGUGUCAAUGAAAUUACUAUGAAAAUCCUUCUUUAGGACAAUCCUGUUGUCCUUGCCUAUGUCCAGUUGUUCCCUUAAGCAAUGAGUAUUUUACUCACUCCUGUUACCAGAACUCUUGGAGCUCAGGUAUAACCUGUUGCAUUCAAGGUGUUUGGGAAGAUCAAAGGUCCUACCAUCCUCCUGGAGUGAGUUCAACUGCAUACCCUCCUGAUGGGAGAGCUUGCCUCUAUGACCCUGUCACUGGAGCAUGCCCUUGUCUGCCACAUGUCACAGGCCUUCAUGACCAUUGUGCUGAUGGAUACUAGAAUCUGAUCUCUGGCAAAGGGUGUCAGUCAUGUGACUAUGGCCUCUAGACCUCUAAAAGCAGCCUCUGUGACCAGCUUACAGGCCAAUGUCCACGCAAACCAGGUCAUGACAGGACAUGCUGCAGUGAGUGUGAAGAAAACUAUUACAUCAAUACAUCUGGAAAAUGCAUUUCAUGUGACUGCAACAAGGAAGGAGCCCUGAGGCCUGUCUGUGAUGCAGACACUGGCAUGUGCCAUUGCCAGGAUGUCAGUGGCCAGGGGUGUGAUCACUGCACCCAGGGUCAUGGCCAGGAAUUCCCUUCUUGUGUUUGUCUUCGGUGUCACUUGUGCUUUGAUCACUGAGACCAUACCAUGUCACCCCUCUCCAAAGCAGUGCAAGGGUUAAUUGGGCUGCCUGCUAACAUGGAAGAUAAAAGAUAGAGCCUGCCUGUCUCUGAAGUGGACUUCAAAGGCCUCAGAGAGAACAUAUCUACCAUAGACAUUUUGAAACAACCUGUUCUCUUAUCUGAGGAAUUGUUGAAAGUCAAAGAUUUAUAUGAGUCUGUGAGAUAAGAUUUAAAAUAAAUCAUGCUGCUAAGUGAGCAACUGAAAACAGUGUAUGAAUUUUAAGAUCUGAAAGAAACCAUGACAAGAAUGAGGAAUGAAACAGACUUCUUGCUUGAAAAUCUUCAGGAGGAAAUUGAUGCACAAUCCAACAUCCUUAAUACAAGCAUCCUGGAUGCCUCAGAAAACAUGAAGAAAUACUAUGGCAUAUUAACAGCUGCUAAGAGGACUAAUGAGACAGGCUCCAUCAUAGACAACCCUGAAAACACCAGGAUCAGCUUAUAUCUUAUCUUACAGACACUGACCCAAAAAGAAAACUUAUGGAAAAAAUUGAAGCAGAAUAAGAUCCCAGACAUCCAAAUAUUGAAUGAUAAGGUGUGUGGGCAACCAGGGAACUUUUCGUGUAGUUGUUUACCAUACAAGGGUGCUCUCUGCACCAGCCCUGAGGAUAGGCUGUGUGGUGGCCCCAGCUGUCAAGGUGUUCUGACUCUCCUAAGUACUGCCUUCCAGGAAGCCCAGGAAACAGAAUCUGUGAUUCAGAAUUUGGACAGCCAGUCCAGAGGGUUGUAAAACCAGAUCAGAAAUAUAAGUAAACUGGUGGGAGUCUCCAAAACCAAUUCCUUACAGCUAAAGGAAAGCAUGCCUGCAGAAGACAUAAAAAGUGUAGCAAAUUGUGUACUUGACAUUCACUUUCCAAUAACAUGGCAAAUUCUAACCCACAAGCUUGACAAAAUACAGAAACUUCUACAACUCUGAGACAACAGUACAGAUGAGGAGAGGCUCACCAAAGCAAAAGAUGAAACCCAAAAGCUAAUAGUGAAGGCAAUGCAGCUGAAAAAGAAACAGAUGUUAAGACUUGAGGAAACACUGAACAGGUUACAACAAGCCCAUAUCACUCCAGGCCAGGCAAAUUCAACUAUCACACAGUUGGCUGCUGAGAUAACAAACAUAAAGAAGAAUGCACUACAAGUUAAAACUCAAGCCAAGAAAAUGAAGGCUCAGCUGGAUUUAGCAAAGUCAACAAAACGAAACAAAACUUGUCAGAGCUGGAGCCAGGAGCAACCCAGCAGGGAGCUUGCUGAACGAAAAAUCAGUGUGUUCAUCUUCAACAUUAUGACAAGCACUAUGGGGCUGACAAAGGAAAUCUUAUGAAGAAGGAGACAGCUCAAAGAUGCUUCAGAGAAGCUUGCUGGAGAUACAAAGGACAAGAUAAAGAGGAUAGCAAGUUUAGAAAAGAAGAUAGAAGAAUUAAGUCUAGGCAAACAAACAAAAAAAAAAAACAAAGCUGACCAACUAAAACAGUUGGAAAAUCAAGUUGUUACUGUUAGAAAUGAAAUUAUUGAAAAAAAAAAGAAACAUGCCACCUGCUAUAAUUAG